UCCAUGUCCAAGUAGAGCAUCUACUGAGACCAGCGACCAUUCUCGGCGAGAAACAGUCAGAGAUCUUCAGUGCAGGCGAAUGGAGUUCUGGUUAGAAGUUUCCUCUCUCCCUGUCAGCCUCACUUCACUGCUCCCUGCGUUGCGCAGCUGUCUUCCCAACGCAUCUAUCUACCUCACUAUCUCCGGCCGCUUUGACUGCCCCGCCCUCGAGUCUGUUCACAGAUAAAUAAUACAGCACAUUUUUCGAUAUAGCCUUCCAAGGAAGACACGUACACCAUGGCUGCUAUGAGAGCUAGGCAUAAGAUUCGUGCCCCUCGAAGGGGUUUAACGACAGGCAAAGGAGAUGAUUUCGAGUCGAGAUGGUCCGUCCUGUCUUCAUCUUUACGCGAGAUCCACACCAAGAAUGCUUCGUGCCUAUCCUUCGAGGAACUUUACCGCAGCGCAUACCAGUGUGUCAUUAUGGGCCGGGGUGAUGAUCUGUACGAGCGUGUCGUGCGUCUAGAGCAGGACUGGUUGGAGAAGGAGGUCUGCAAGCGAGUCACAUCCGCCAUAUCUCCGAGCUUAUUACUAGCAAGAGAACCAACCGAUGCAAUGGACCAAGCAAACGAGAGAAGAGCUGCAGGAGAGAAGUUUUUGGAAGUAGUAAAGGCGGCUUGGGAAGACCAUCAACUGUGUAUGGGCAUGAUCACAGAUGUAUUGAUGUACAUGAAUCGUGUUACAUGCUCCGACCAUAGGAAACCGUCGAUAUAUAUCGCAGCCAUGUGCUUAUUCCGAGAUCAUGUCCUUCGAGCGGCCAUACCUGCGGAAUCGGAAAUGACUGUUUAUAACGUCCUUGAAUCAACAGUCCUCUUCAUGAUACAACUGGAGAGAGCUGGGCAUAUUAUAGAGAGGCCAUUGAUUCGACACUGCAUGUACAUGCUAGAGGGUCUAUACGAGACAGCCACAGAGGAGGAUUCGUCGAAGUUGUACUUGACCGUCUUUGAGCCUUCGUUCCUGGAAUCCAGCAAGGCUUUCUACCACGCCGAAGGACAGAGACUUCUAGCGACAACUGAUGCAGCUACCUUCUGCCGACUCACCUCUGAACGCAUCACGGAAGAGGUGCAGCGGUGUCGACAGACAUUGUCUGACCUGACAGAACCGAAGAUCAAGAGUGUACUGGACGAAGAGAUGAUCCUCAAGAACAUUGCAGAUGUCAUCGCACUAGAGGGGAGCGGUGUUCGGUAUAUGCUUGACCAUGACAAGCUGGAGGACCUGGGUAAUGUGUACCAACUCAGCGCGAGAGUUGACCCGAAGAAGACCGCAUUAACGAGAGCGGUACAAAAGCGCAUUGUUGAGAUGGGCGAUGAAAUCAAUGCUGCAGCCAAGGCGUUCGCCCAGCCGACAGUGGCUCCGGCGCAGAAGUCGGAGGAGGCCGCUAAUGGCAAGAAGAAAGCUGAUGAGAAGGAGAAGCCUGCAAAUCAGCAGACUGCGGCUGCAAUCAAAUGGGUUGACGAUAUUCUAGCUCUCAAGCAGAAAUUCGACGACGUCUGGCGCAAGGCUUUCGCCUCUGAUCAGGGUCUGCAAACAUCGAUUACCACAAGCUUCUCAGACUUCAUCAACUCCAACAACCGCAGUUCAGAGCAUCUGUCUUUGUUCUUCGAUGAAAAUCUUAAGAAGGGCAUCAAGGGGAAGACGGAGAGUGAAGUUGAUGCUCUUCUUGAGAACGGUAUCACGCUUCUCCGAUACAUUAAGGAUAAGGACCUCUUCGAGACCUACUAUAAGAAGCACCUGUCUCGACGUCUGCUCAUGAAGCGGUCAGCAAGUAUGGAUGCUGAGAGACAGAUGAUCUCAAAGAUGAAGAUGGAAGUUGGAAACCAGUUCACACAGCGUCUCGAAUCUAUGUUCAAGGACAUGGCAAUCUCCGAUGACCUUACAGCCGGCUACAGAGACCACGUGGCGAAGUCUGCGGAUCCGGAUGUCAAGAAGGUAGAACUGGAAAUCAGCGUUCUCACCAGUACGAUGUGGCCCAUGGAAAUCAUGUCUGCCUCCAAAGAUGGUGCCGUGCAGCUACCAUGCAUCUUCCCUAAGGAGAUCGACUCACUCAAGCAGAGCUUUGAGAACUUCUACCUAAGCAAGCACAAUGGCCGGAAGCUCUCUUGGCAGUCAAACAUGGGCACUGCAGAUAUCCGAGCGACGUUUCGGAGGUCUAACGGCAAAGUUGCCCGUCAUGAGCUGAAUGUCUCGACGUACGCCAUGGUCAUAUUACUCCUCUUCAACGACGUGCCGGACGGUGAAUCUCUCACCUACGAAGAGAUCCAAGCGCAGACCCGUAUUCCAGAUCACGACUUGAUUCGGAACCUUCAGUCUCUCGCCGUGGCCCCUAAAACCCGAGUCCUCAAGAAAGAUCCGAUGAGCAAAGACGUGAAGCCAACAGACCGAUUCUUCUACAACCCAGACUUCCAGAGCAUGUUCACUAAGGUUCGCAUCGGCGUUGUCAGCGGUGGAGGAAACAAAGUUGAGAGUCAGAACGAGCGAAAAGAGACGGAGAAGAAGAUGAACGAGGAGCGAGGCGGUAGCAUUGAAGCUGCAAUCGUACGAAUCAUGAAGCAACGGAAAACGCUUUCGCACUCUCAGCUCAUGACAGAAGUACUAACGCAGCUUGCUUCUCGCUUUGUUCCCGACGUCAACAUGGUCAAGAAGCGUAUCGAGAGUCUGAUUGAUCGAGAAUACCUCGAACGUAUCUCAGACUCAGAUCCGCCCGCGUAUGGCUACAUUGCUUAAGCGUUCUAUGUUGACAUGUUGAUGCUUGCUCCGUGCAAAAUUCCGCCAUAACUCCGGCACUGAUUCCCAGGCGUCUUGCAUUAUCCUCGGCAAACUCUUCCUCUUUAUUCGUUCAACCAGUAAAUAUUUCACGCCCCCAUUAGCGAUGGCGAAAGGUGGCUGUUCUUUCUGCAUUUCUUGGCUGUGGUUUCGAUUCGUCGUUCUCUCAAUAAUCGCUAUAGAUGUUUCUUAGCAGUGCAUAUGACAGGGUCACGAUUGAUGGGUAGAUAGGUUAUACGGGACUGGACGGCACGGUAGCACAUGAAUUGGAUGUUUUAUGCGAAAUUAGACUUGAAGGGAAACGCGCCAUUUAUCUAGAUGAACUGUGUGCAUGGCAUGCUUUAUAUCUCCCUCAUUUCAAAAAGAAUGAUAUCGAUAUCACCCUCUUUCUCUACUAUGAAGACUGAAGAACACUCCAGAUGAUUUCGGAAGAGUUACUCUGUAUACACGAAGCUUCGUUC